GCCUGACGCUUGAUCGAGGGGAGAGAUGCGCCCUUAGCAGAAGCUAAGAAGGGAAGGGCACGCGGAACACAAGAAUCUCUCUCCACGCUCUCGAGGUCUCGCCAAACCCGCCGCUGGUGGACUUCGCCGUGUUUCGUCCUCGCUUCACGCAGAAGCCGUGUGUUUUUACCGUGGAAGAAGCCCAGAACUGAUUUCUCAUCAACUGCGUAACAAAUAAGAAGACCACACAUUGUUGACUGGCUUUAUGUCGCGCGCUGGGGCUCGCUCGUCAUUGGAGCGGCGCACUUGAUGGGAAUAUAGACAGCACAUACAUGCUUCGAGAGGGCUAUCAUGGUUAAAUCGGGUAGGAAUGGACCGGGCUGUGGACUCUGGAAGCAAGUGACGACAAUCAAUGAGGACAUCCGUUGUUAAAGAGAUUUUUCAUGGAUACCUACGAAUGUGCUUAACAUAAAUCCUUUGAGGUAUAAUAUCGCUCCAUCCUUUUUUUUCUUCUUAUUUUUUCCCCCGCCCACCUUCUCGGGUCUGUCUGACUGCAGCGUUGGCCCCGAACCCUGACACCUGCAGGCAACUGUGAGUGAUUGGUCAUUACAUCCAAGGGCGUCGACACAGCAAGACAAAAAAAACUCCAGGGAGCCCUGCUGCAGUUGGUGGUGGCGGUGGCAGGGGUGGUGAGUCAAUCGCCUCAGCGGCUGCAGCAUAUGAUUUAUUAUUUGUGAAGUUAACAGCUCAGACCACUUAAUCUACAAGGACCAAUUUCUUACUGGAGGGAAACGGUCCAAUAUGAAGGACGUGUCAUUCGUGGAUCGCCUCUUUGUCGGCUUGGCCAUGGCCUCUUUUGUUGUGGCCACAGAGGAGAGGCCUGAUUGCCCAAAGCUCUGUGUAUGUGAGAUUAGACCCUGGUUUUCUCCAAGUUCGGUGUACAUGGAGGCUCAGACAGUUGACUGUAAUGACUUGGGACUGUUUAGCCUGCCGGAACAAUUACCGGUGGGCACACAAGUACUAUUACUGCAAACAAACAAUAUUGCCAAGAUUGACAAACCCUUGGAUUACCUGGCCAACAUCACAGAGAUUGAUUUAUCGCAAAACAAUUUAUCCUCUAUCAGCGAUGUCCAGCUGGGGAAUCUUCCUCAACUGCUGUCCCUUCAUAUGGAGGAAAAUUGGAUACAAGAGUUGCCUGAGCGAAGUCUUGCUGAGAUGGCGAACCUUCAGGAGUUCUACAUGAAUCACAACCUCAUCUCCUCCAUUUCCUCGAUGGCUUUUCAGGGUCUCAGCAACCUUGUGCGGCUCCACCUCAAUUCUAACAAGCUGACGGCCAUUCAAAAAGAGUGGUUCGAGCCCAUGCCAAAUCUGGAGAUCCUGAUGAUCGGUGAGAAUCCUAUUCUUUCUCUCGAUGAUAUGAACUUCAAGCCUCUCAGUAACCUACGCAGUCUGGUCCUCACCAGGAUGAACCUGUCUCAGCUCCCUGACGAUGCACUGGCUGGUCUUGAGAACUUAGAGAGCAUCUCGUUCUAUGAUAAUAUUUUCGCUGAGGUGCCUCAUUCCGCCCUGAGAAAUGCAAAAAAUCUGAAGUUUUUGGAUCUAAAUAAAAACCCAAUAGCGAGGAUACAGAGGGGAGACUUUGUGGAUAUGCUCCAUCUGAAAGAACUAGGGAUUAAUAGCAUGCCAGAGCUAGUUUCCAUUGACAGCUUUGCCCUCAAUAACCUCCCCGAGCUCACCAAAAUAGAAGCCACCAACAAUCCUAAACUCUCCUAUAUCCAUCCUAAUGCUUUCUACAAACUACCGCGGCUGGAAACCCUAAUGCUGAAUGGCAACGCGCUCAGUGCCCUUCACAGGAUUACUGUUGAGUCCCUCCCAAAUCUCAGAGAGGUGAGCAUGCACAGCAACCCCAUCCGCUGUGACUGCGUAGUCCGCUGGAUGAACAUGAACAAGACCAACCUUCGCUUCAUGGAGCCCGACUCACUGUACUGUGUGGAGCCGCCAGAGUACGAGGGCCAGCAUGUCCGACAGGUGCACUUCAGGGAGAUGAUGGAGAUUUGUCUGCCACUCAUAUCUCCCGAAAGCAUGCCUGGGCACAUCAAAGCAUGGAACGGGAGCUCUGUGUCACUCCAUUGUCGGGCCUUCGCUGAACCAGAGCCAGACAUCUACUGGAUCACCCCGACUGGUACCAGGGUCCUGCCGAACACAGUGUCUGACAAGUUCUACAUGCACCCAGAGGGAACUUUUGACAUCUAUGAUAUAACAGAGAACGAAGCUGGUCUUUACACUUGUGUUGCCCAUAAUCUGGUUGGAGCUGAUCUUAAAUCCGUUUCCGUAGAGGUGAAUGGAUAUUUUCCCCAACCUACAAAUGGCUCUCUGAAUGUCAUAAUCAAAUCGGUGGAGACAAAUUCCAUCCUGGUUUCGUGGAAGGCCGGCCAUGGCACCUUGGCCCCAAGCAUUAAAUGGUACACAGGAUCAGACGCUAACCAUCCCACCACAGCGUUUACCACCAGGGUUCCCUCUGACGUCCAGGUCUACAACCUCACCCAUCUCAGCCCCGCCACUCUGUACAAAGUCUGUGUGGAUGUCGGCAGCAUCCACUACAAGCAAGACACCAAAUGUGUCAAUGUCACCACUAAGGGAUUAGAGCUGGCAGCCAAGGACACAGAGAAAUGGGACACAGCAGUAAUCACCGUCUUUGGUGUGCUCUUGGCUGUGAUUUCAGUGGCAUGCCUGCUUAUUUAUGUCUCUCUGAGGAACCAUCACCUUUAUGGGGAUAUAAGGAAAUGCGACUCCAAAGCUUCGCUGACACAAGUGGAAGCAACCGGUAUGCACUCUCCUUUCUUUACAAAGCUGUGGGUUUCGGGUAAGGGACUGCCAAGUGGAGUCAAAGUGAAAGCCACAGUCAUAAAUGUGUGUGACAAUGCCUUUUAAGAAGCGCGGCUUUGUAGAGCACCACACCAACUACACUGAAUGGACAAGGCCAUGGGCAGGGGUGGAGAGAUCUGUAGUACUGUUUCAAAGGCAUACCCAUUGCUGGUCCCCGGCUCAGAUACUCUGGCAAAUCUACUAUUGGACAGGGAUGGAACAGUUUCAAAUAGACUACAUGCUCUCCCAGUUUCAACCCCAGCUAAAGUGGUGGCUUUGUAACCGCUACAUCAAACCAAGAUAAAAAUCAACAGAAAGGGGCAUUUACUGCAAAAACAAUAUCAUUCAAUACCAUUUAUAGAGAAAUGCAGGCAGACAAAAGAAAGUGAAGAUGAUGAUGGUCAACUCUCUUGUAAUUGACUGUUAAAUGUGUUCAGAGUUGUGGAACUGUCUGUGUGGUCCCAAGCAAUACCGUCUGUGCUUUGUCAAACAUCCAUAGACGAGUUAGAGAUACAGUAAUAACACCUGUCUAUUAUGGGAAGGGAGAUUUAGUAGAGUAGACAAAUUACAGUGACUAUGGUGUAAGCCUUUUGAUGAAAUAUAAACCCCCCUUUUUCUAUUUAAAAUGGAUUCUUGAUUUUUCAUGGAAAUAUUGUUAUAUAUUCUAUUAUGUUGAUGUAAUGACAAAUCAUCUGUAUGCGAACAGUUUAAAUGGGUUUCAAAUCGAGGCAAGGGGCAGACUACUUUUGAUUACAACGUCACAUUAAGCUUAAUGAAAUUCAGCUACGAAAUGAGUAUCGAGAGAGGACGUUUGCCAAAUGGCUGUUUAUGCUGUGUAGUUCUCAUUGCAACGGUGACUAGGAAAAAACAAAUAUAACAGGUUGAUUAAAAAUGAGGGGAUUGAUGUGUGAUCUCCUCACACAGCGGUCUGUUAUGCCCUGGUAAGUGCCUACAACAAGAACUACAUGAGGUAAACAGAAGAAACAGAAGAAACAGCAAAACAUGGCCAUGUCACCAUUGCAGAAUCGCAAGCUAUUUCCGGUACUUUUAGUGGAAAUACUUUCUCAGUAUUUUUAGCAUACAUAUUUUAAGAAAACGUUUCGUUGUUGCUUUGGGUGUAAAGUUAAAAAGCCAUUUUUAUAUUAACUGUAUUAUAUGUGAUCAAUGGGCACAACAGACUAAUUAAGUAAAGUGCUAAGAAAAAAAAAUAAAUGUCAUUGUUUCUUUUACAAACAA